AUGUUGACGAGCACCGUUUCCGUCUUCCUUUCUCUUUCUCUUUUUAUAACUUCAGCCUUCAGCGACCCUGGUAAAACGACCCGCUACUGGGACUGUUGCAAACCCUCAUGCUCUUGGCCUGGAAAGGCGCAAGUCUCGAACCCGGUGCGAACCUGCAACAAGCAGGACCUCUGGCCGAAUCCAAUGGAUCCGAAUGCCGCAUCAGCCUGUGGUGGAGGCGAGGCAUACUCGUGCAGCAACAAUGCCCCAUGGGCCGUUGACGACAACUUGGCCUACGGCUUCGCCGCUGCCAGCAUCAAGGGAUCGAGCGAACCGAACUGGUGCUGUGCUUGCUACGAACUCACAUUCACCUCAACCUCCAUCGCCGGCAAGAGACUGGUCGUACAAGUGACAAACACGGGCGGCGACUUAGGGGAAAACCACUUCGAUCUACAAAUUCCAGGGAGCGGUAUGGGUUUGUUCACCGACGCUUGCGCGAAGCAGUUCCCGGGUGUAUGGCUGGGCGAACAAUACGGCGGCUAUUCAAAUCGCGAUGAUUGCAACAGACUUCCGGAGGGAAACUUCCGCAAUGGGUGCUUCUGGAGGUUCGACUGGUUCCAGAAUGCGAACAAUCCGACUAUGGAUUUCAAAGAGGUUCAAUGCCCACAAGCGAUGAUUGAUAGGACGGGAUGCGGGAGGUGGAGUUAG